AUGCCAGACUCGGCCGAUCCGUUCGAUUUCGACAUUGACUCCGCCAACAAUGUCGAAGAGACCGCCUACGAGGAAGGCUACCAGCAAGGCUUCGACCACGGCGCGCUGCACGGCACCUUUGAAGGACGCGAACUCGGUCGCGAUAAAGGCUUUGAGCUGUGGGAAGAGGUGGCGUUCUACCAAGGCAUGGCCGAGGUGUGGCGGGAAUGCCUCGAGCAAGCCGACGCCGCGAGGCACACUUCGCGCAAGCAAACGAAGCAGAUUCAGCACCUAGCGGGUUUGGAGAAGCUCAUCUCGUUCUUCCCCAUGACCAAUACUUCGUCGGAUCCAUCGCUUGAUCUCGGUCAGCCGACGACCGACGAGACUGUCGCUGUCGACGCUGAUGACACAGAUGACGCCGAGGUGGCGGAAGACGGCCACGACGAUGAGCUGGCCAAGCUCGACAUGUUGACUCUGCUCGAGAAGGUUCGUGCCAAGUACCGCUUGACCUGCUCGGUGUUGGGGAUACCGUCCCAGCGCACGACCACGCUCGCCGAGAUUGCAGACGCUUCGCAUGACGGUGAGGCGUCACCUAGCUCCAAGACGGACGCUAAGACGGUGCUCGUCGCAGGCAAGCUCGUCGAUCCAUCUCAACUCAAGUACUAG